AUGGACAAUGACUUUCAACUCUUCUCUUCCCGCCGUCACUCGGGCGGGGAUGAGUCUCAAGCAAUGUAUUCGCAAUCAGAAGAUCCCAGCCAAGAUUGGACCCAGUGGAUGCGAUGGGAUGAGCCCAUGUUCACUGAAAGCAACCAAAAGCACAUGGGCCGAGCAUUGGACCUCCCCUUCGUCUCCCCAACCACCACAUCCAGCUCUCCCGGUCAGAUUCACUCUGCAGAAUUCUCUCCAAACCUCCCACUCGGUCUUAUGGAGAUACCAUCCGGUAAUCACACCGGGCUGAACCGCAAUGGCAGUAUCAAUGGCACACAUUCUUCGACUAUCGCAGGCCACCAGCAAUUAGGCCUUGUAUCUCCAAUCUCCAGUGUCGGCACAAGUCGGAAGCGAAAGACUGGUAGCGAUGACGACGCCACUACAGUUACUGGCCCUGUCGAGUCGGGCAAAAAGAUGCCUGCGAAGAAGCGCGCUCACAACGUCAUCGAGAAACGAUAUCGAGCCAACCUUAACGAGAAAAUUGCAGAGUUACGUGACAGUGUGCCGAGCCUUCGAGCGACGAGGAAUGCCAACGGCGAUUCCAACGAGGACGACGAAGAUGCCGACGGUGCCACUCCCGCCAACAAGCUAAACAAAGCUUCCAUCCUGUCAAAGGCAACCGAAUACAUCAAACACCUCGAGAUCCGGAACAAACGACUGGAAGAUGAAAACACAGCUCUGAAGAACCGGCUCCGUCAAGUGGACAAGGCAGCCGAUCAGGCUGUUACCUCAAGUGCCUCCGUGUCUUCGCCUAGCAACUACACUGCUUCCAGCGAUUCCGGUACCUCCCCCAGUGUAUUCUCCAACCCCGAGGAAAUCAAUGAGACCUCCCCAACCCCCACAAACCCACCAGAGGGCCUCAUCAAAGUCCCUGAUGCGUUCAGACGCAUGCGAGAGGAGGGUGCAAAGAGCGGUGGAAUCUUCUCUCAGUCUUAUAUUCAGUCUACACCCAGAGCCUCUGAAUAUGGUCGCGAGGAGGGAUCACGCCGACGGUCGAAGAUGCCUAACAAGUACAUGCUUGGGGCACUUGCUGGUCUGAUGGUUCUUGAGGGCUUUGGGUCGGACAAAUCUGAGAGUGAACAGAAGGGGCUACUUGCCGUCCCGUUGAAUUUGCUCAGUCGCUUGCAAUUGCCUAAAAUUCGCUACAUCGAGUAUUACAUGAAGAGCUUCUGGUCCUCGUGGCACACUCGAGCCAUCUUCCACGUUCUUCUGCUUGCUACUCUCGUUGUUGGGAGUGCUUUCAUCGUCUUCGUCUACCUCUUCAAUGCCCAGCCCAUCACCCAGCGCCCGCAUGGGAAGGCUGUUACGGAGGGCAAAAAUGCACCGUCAUCAUCUAGCGACUUCCGCCGGCAGGCUUGGCUGACAAGCAUGCAACGAGUCGGUGUUCCACGUCACAGGUUCUUCCGUGAGUGGUACGUGGUGACAUCGAGAUGCUUCGAGUACGUUCUGCGAUGCAUCAUGGGAUGGAAGCUGUACUCGUGGGCAACCGGUAUCACCGAGGAAGAUGAGAAGGGCCGUGUCAAAACAUGGGACAUUGCUAUUGAUGCUCAGCUUACGGGUGGCGAUAUUGAGAUCAGCAAGAGUCGUCUUGUGCUGACCAUUUUCGCCGCCGGUACUCUGCCUCGAAGCCCCAUGCGGAUGAUGCUCAAGGCUUUGCACGUUCGCAUUCUUUUAUGGCGAGUCGGUCAGCCUGGAUCUUGGACCUUCCAUGUCUCAAACGAUAUUGCCCGCGCCCUGGCCAAAUACCAGUGGGCGGUUGCGAGGGAUAUCAACGAUGCACUGCCGGAGGGUCACCCUGAUCAACUCCCCAGUCACCUGGCUGCCCUUCUCAAGCUCGACUGCGAAGAUGUGAUGAUUGACAGUAUCAUCCAACGCGCAGUCAAUCUCACCUGGAACAGACCCACGCAAGAGGGCACCGCCGAUGACGAAGUGCUGCUAGAUGUCGUGGAAGAAGAUCCGGCCAUCCAAUGUUCCGUCGAUGCUCUUGCUGCCUGGUGGUCUAGCCACCUCCUUCAGAAUGCGCUCCUCAAGUACCUGGAAGCGAGUGAAGGUGUCCCGACCUCCAAGUUGAGCCGUGACAGCUUCAAGGAGAAGAUUCGGAUGGCCCUCGAUGCGGCCCCUCGACUCUCCGCAGCUUAUACCCGUGCUCUCGUCAUGAAGGCAGUCUUCUUCGAACAAGGCCGAGUCCAGAAUGUCAGCGCCGUUCUUGAUGCGCUACCAAAGGAUAAAGGCGAGAAGAACCACGCUGCGAACUUCCUUGAUUCCUCGCUUCCCGUCUCCGUCCGCGAUGAAAUCUCUGUCGCCGUGCGUUGUGCAAUGAUUGCAGCGAUCGUGACGUCUCGUUCUGCGGGUGAGACAUGUCUUCCUGCAUCAUUCACCAUCCACAAGGCGAUCAACUGGUUCAAUCAGCUCCCAAUUGACCCGGUCGAACUGAGUCUACUCGGAUUCUCCGCUGUCUACCAUCUUUUGCACCUGCUGGCCUCUGAUGUCGACUAUAUCGCAUCGUCCGACUCUUCAGCCUCAUCCUCCCUAGUCUCCGAGGCUGGUUCCUCUGCGGAUGACGAGGCAGAGGAAAAGCCCCGCUCCGUCGGACGUAGGCUUGCAAUUUGUCCUCGAGACAUUCCAAACCUGGGUCGCGUAGCAGCGGAGCUCAUUUACUGGGCCCGGAAUGCCUACAAUCCAGCCUUCUACGGCUUUUCUUCUAGUCUCGUUGAUAUAAUUGUCAAGUCCUGCACGACUGUCUGCUCCGACGCGGGCAUCAACGUCGAUGAUUAUCUGGAAGCUGUGCCCGAGCCCCUCCCCUCCCGGAGACGUCGUCAUCGGCGUCGCCAGGGAGGAUCCCAGCAAUCUAUUCAGAGUGACGCAGACCACGAUGCGAAAGACCCGCGCAUGGGCAAGCCCCUCCAACACGAGAGGUCCGCGAGUAAUGACACUGGAUAUGGCAGUCUCAGUCUGGAGGAAGAAAUCCAGUCUGCUCCUAAUGUGCCUGAGAAAGUGCUGGAAUGUCCGACUUAG